CUCAGCAAUUGACACCAUGGUCCAUCAGUACUUGUGAUUCUCGCCUGCAGGCAGCCGCACCUAUCUAGCGAGUCAUUGGCACCCACGGAUCUUAGUCGCAUGUUACGGACCCUGGGAGCUUCUGUAUCUAGCGUGACUCUUGCUGUUUAUUGGAUUUCGCUCGGGCCCUCCCCAAAUCGAGUACGGGCUCGGGGUAUGUUCCUGGGACCGUCACUCUGGCAAGGUGGCGAGCACGUUGUAGCAAUGCUUUGGAAUUACAGAGCACUCGUGUAUAUCCAAUUGUCGAAAGGAGAACUGAACCACCUUGCGAGGAACUUACGGUCGAACCGGAAUAUACUUCUAUCGACCCUAUCAGAAUGUCCUGUUUUUGCGCGUGUUCUGAUUAUCAGGGUAAAGGGCACAUAUUUUCGGCGCCCUUCGUGCAACUUCGCUGAGCUCGAACGGCUAGCGACCGACUCUCGUAAAAGAUUUCCAAAAUAGACGUGCUGCGAGGUCCAUGAAAUCGUAUCGAAGCUACCGCAUUCAUCAUGUGGCAGUUACGACCUGCAUGCUGUUGGAUCCAUCUUCUGUGACUCUGAACUUGGCAGACCUCCUCAUCAUCCUGCUUUCCCCCCGAAAAAUUACUUGUGAUAAUUCGAUAACUUUGGGUGCACAGUUCGCACUAUCGCCGAACUCUGAAACCCAGAAGGCUACCCAGGAAAGCGAAUAUCCCGUUAGACCUUUGUUCCAAUUUGUCAAUGUUCAAGUUUUUUGUCAUAUCCGCGAUUGAUCUUACGGGGUACACGGGCUAUCGACCAUAUCCCUUGUUCCCUUUGUCGUAAUAGCAUGACUUUAUCUUGUUUAGAGUCUGUCACUUGUUCUUUCCAUGACAAUUUAAUUAUGCUUCUCCGAACCAGUCCACGCCUUGG